CGUAAGGGACAAUAUCAACUUCAGAAAAUAUGGAAGCUGUGGAAACGAUAAACGAAGAUUCAGACGCAAGUCUGAAUUCAAUCACGAUGCGCAAAACCCCACAAUCCCCUCCCGAUUCAGGCAUAUGCACCCCCAUCAAUAUGGUUGAGAAUAUGAAUAUAGACCUCAAUAUACUAUCGACUGUGAAUAGCAUUGGGAUGCUCAGCAGCAAUGAUAUGUAUAUGCAGAACUCCCUGGCCUUAGAUGCAGAUCACAUCCAAAUGAGUGACAUGCUGAAGGUUGGCGAUGAUGUUUUCGCGCAGUACGGCAAGUUCGACUACGAUCUCUUCAACCAAUCAAAUGCGCUGUUUGACGGGCCCGCCUCAUGGGAAUUGCCCGCCCAUAUUCCCGAUUUGGACUCCCUCCUCGCGAUGGAGCCGACAUUGAAUGCCUUGCCCUUUAUGGACAUAUCUGGUACAUCGUUAGCUUCCCCCACACUUGCGCUCUCCCCCACACCGGCCCUGAGUUUGGGUAUGAGCCCGACUGCGGACUUCUUCGGGCAUGUGUGGCCCACAGCGUUCACGCCAGAUAUGCCUGGGAGUGCCACAGCUAAUACCGGGAUAUUACCGGGACUGGGACUGGGACUGGGUGCCAUAGGCACGAUGGGGUCUUUAUCGGAUACUGAGAGUGUGGGUCUUACCCUGUCGCUGGCUGAUUUUCCUUUAUUGCCCACUACUGUCGAGGCGGCAACAGGCUUAGCCAGCAAUCCAGUUAGUGACGUGCCUUUGACGCUAAACAACGAGGUUAUGCAAUUGACGCCAUUAGAAGCGAAAGACGAGACCAAUGUGGCUGAUGAAUGUAUGGCAGACGUCGCCAUACAACGAACGUUCGACGCUGUUACAAACGAGUCUAAACAGUUGACUAAGAUAUCUUCAAUGGCAAAUAUGUUCCCUGAGACGGCGGAGGCACCCUCGACAGUAAAUGCUACAACUAAAAACGAUACUGCUACAACGACGGUACAGUCGGCUGCCAACGACGCAGCAGGCACUGAACCUGCACCACUACAACAACUCAACACGGCCGAGUUGAUUGAACAGGGCAUGUCCAAGGACUUAAAGGACCCAGCAAGUAAAGGCGGCGAGGGUGCCUCAAAUCUUACACUUAGCAAGUCCUCUAAGCCCGACACUCCCACGGUGCCCGAUAAAAAGCGGAUCUCCCUCGCGAACUACACUCGGCGCAAAAUAACCACGGUCACACCAACGCCUCCGUGUCCCAAUCGUUCGACAACGGCAUCGACUAAGGCCCCGCAAGUGUCUAGCGACGCCACGCAGUUGACUGGAGAUGCGCCUGUGGGUGGCAGUGCAACGGAACAGAAACCCGUGGUCACGUGUACGGUGUCCUCUCGGAUAGAUACCGCUACCACAGAUGCGAAGGAGAGUUCGGGCGUUGCGUUGACAAGUGCUGUAUCUGACAAGAGUACGGAGGCUGAAAGCAAGCGAUUGGUUCAAAAAGCUGAGCAGCCGCUUAGCAACCCACAAUCAAAAAGCAGCCCCAAGGAAGACGUCAGAACAGCUGGAACUCUGUUAAGUGAUGAUACUAGAGCCAUAGAUACCGGCAAGCAUACUACGAGUGGUCGAGGUGUGCCCACGCAUACAAGUGACACCGCUAAGAGUGUCGUCAAAAUUAGUAAAGAUGCGAAACCCGCACGCACACACCCCACUACACUAGCGUCACAGACACCUUUACAGGUACUGCCGACCGCCGCAGGGCAGACUAAGCCCACGUCAAUUGGAGCACUAGGCGAAGAUGCAACCAAGCGUGUCAAACCGCUUACUAAAGGUGCAGUGAAAACGAAGUUUUCGUCACGUGUGGCGAGUGUUUUCGCUGAUUCGGAGGCUGAUGCUGAUACACAGGCGUCUGAUUCAGCUGUGGGCAACCUUGGUUCACUGUUGCAGAGGAAUUCAGGCGCAAAGGGCAUCAAAAUCGGGGCCAUUACCGGGACGGGCACAGCGAUCUGCAAGCGUAAAGCAAUGCUUCCGAAAACACUGACGACUCUUACUCUAACAAACACAAAAAUAUCGCAGAAGCGCACGAUUUCGGAUGCGAGUUUGUGCAGCCUUAGUAGCGCCACGACGGUCCAGAGUGACCCGGAUGAGGACAGCCCGAAAAGGGUCCGCACGCACACCAGUGAGAGUGUGACUACGAGUGCGAGUAUCAGCUCAGCCAGCGGUACAGAGCGAUCCUACAGUGAGAGCGGCUCAGACACUGAACGAAGCCCCCCAUCGCGUGCCUCUUCUCCAUAUGCGAAGAGAGUGAACUCGCGCGCUGCUACGGCUUCUCCGGCGGCCGUGUCGUGUACUGAUGCUACGCCAACAUCGCCCAAGCGCGUGGGACGAGAUACGUCCGUGUCGAGUGAUCAUAUCGCGUGGUUCAACAGUGUGGUGAGAACGCGACAUUCGUCACCCCCACCUGCCCGCACCAACCGAUUCGACCGCUUCAGUAACCAUGGCAACCGGCCAUCUCCACUACCACCACCACACUAUGCCCCGCACCAACAGGCACCCCAACCCUUCCGCCGUGAGCCCGGACAUGACGAGAAGUUCGCGAUAGGUGGACCAAGAGAAGAGGGCCGAUUCAGCCCCGCUGAUGCCCGAGGGCAGGCGUUCGGGCCCAUGUAUGGCUCAACACACCCACACGAGCGUAAGAACGGAAAGAACGGGGAGCGUGCAGGUAUGGGCAUGGACGGGCCGUACAGAGACGAGCGAGACGGAGACCGCGAACGCAUGGGCGCCGCGUUCAUGCACCCGUCGCACAGGUGGCAGAACGAUACGCAGCUGCAGCACCAGGACUCGAUGUACCACAGACAACAGUUACAGCACCAGCAGGCGUGCCGACCCCACCCCAACAUGCCGCAUGUCGGCGGUCCCCUUAUGGGACCCUAUCCCGAGCAAGGGCGGGGUAUGAGCCUAGAGCACCCUCGCGGCCGCCCACACUCGCACGCACAUGCACAUACGCCCGACGGUGUGCUUAAGAGAGAGCCAGAGCCCUUCUUCCACGAGCGAGUGGAUGACUUCAGACGGCACGACGAUGUGGGCCGUCGUGGACAGGUACACCAGAUAGAGUCGCCCCCACACUUUGACCGGGAGCGAGAUGAGUACGCACGCCGAUCACGUGACAGAGGUCGGUCUGAGCACAGGAGCGACCGCAGAGAAUACAGCCGGGAGCGUAGUAGCAGCAGGCGCCACCGCCAAUCACACUCUUCCGGCGGUAAAGGCGGCAUUGAUAGUGAAGAAGAACACCGUCUGCGCACCGUGUUUGUUGGAGAUGUAUCACCCGAUCUUCGGGAAAGCGAUAUCCGCCGGAUGUUUGGGGCUCAUGGCCCAGUAGAAAACAUGCGUCUAUUUUUAGAACGCCAUUACUUCUUUGUGACGUACAAGAGUCAGCAUGGAGCGGAUGUGGCUAUUGAUGAGAUGAAUGGCUUUCUGUUGAAAGACGGCAACCGCUUGCGUGUGUCACGAGGGGGCAGGAGAGCUUUCCUCAAGCAGGCCUGGCAGGAUUCAGAUCGAACGUAUGAUGAGGGUGAGGAUGGUGAAGGGGAUUCCUUCGAUGAUGAGCUUCGCCGGCUGUUGCGUUGAGCCCACAACAACUAGAGAGCGUUGUCAUCUCUUCUUGCGCAUGUGUGCAGUUCUGUGUAUUUGUGCUGGUGGGCUUGUAUGUCCUCUCGUACGCACACGUUCCAGCGCUUUUUGACCACCAAAGUGCUGUCACGUGCUCUAGAGGAUCAGGGCGGGUAGUUUGAAGUCUGUGGCAUGUCCCGAUACCUCUGCAGCAGGAAGUAUGUGGUACGGUGUUCUCGUGAUAGGCAAGUACAUGACUUCUGUGGGUAGCGCCAUGCAGAAGGUGCGAGAGACCACUCGCUUAGGCAGUACAGCAUCGGGUGAACUAGGUGAACGUGGCCUGGUUGUGUAAACGGUAUGCGUGGAGGGCGAGGGUACCAUAGAGCGAUCAAGACCCCAUCGCUGAUUUGUAGAUAGACCUGAGAAGACUAAACCGAACGGUCGUAGUGAUUUUAUAAAGACAAGGCGGUGGUCUUCAAAUUUGGCACCGGACACAGAAAAUUAAUUGGAAACGAACGACGAUGGGUGUGGUGGGCAACGGUUGUUAGGACUAAGAAAGUACAGGGGCAGGUGGUAGUGUGUAUAAGAUAGGUAGAUGUGCACUAUCCGAUUGGAAUUUAGGAAAUGGUUGCGAUUGAAAAUUAGGAUAUGGUUUGUGUUUGUUUGUAUGAGACUCGGGUCAUUUGGGAAAGGAUCUCCACUACAGUGACCGGUCGAUUUUAUAUAUAUUAUAUAUUAAAUAAAUU